ACUUGAGAUAUUUUAAAGUGGAUUUUAUGAUUUGUUUGUCGUUCUCACAGCGAAGCCAAUUUCUCACCACAAAUUCGCAAUGGGGUGACCCAUUUCAUAAUACAAAUAACCUGUUUUGGGGUAGUUUAUGAUUUUAAUCAUCCGGUAUUAGGAUUACAUUCCUUGUCUUCUUCCUGGUUUGGCGCCUGAGGGAGAAACCAACCGCAUUCUCUGAUUCUUUGUCUCUCCCACUCACCCUUUUCGUGGUUUGUUGAGAGCAUUUAUCUGGUUUGCUUAGUUUAUCCCGAAGGUGUAGAAUCCCAAGAAUAUUUCUUGUUUUGGAGCAAUUUCGAGGGAUUCUCCGAAUAUUUUCAGAGUACCAUGAGAUAAUAUUUUUAUUCUGUGAUCUGUUGUCAUAUAUAUAUGUCUAUUACUUAGUUGGAGUUCCGGACUAAGUUUGUUAUUGGGUAAUCUAGAUUUGGGAGGAAUUUACUACUUAUUAAUGGAGCUGAAACUGUUUGGCUCGAAGUCGCUAUCUUCCGGUUCAGAGAUGAUGCUUUCAAGCCCUUUCCUGAACUCGAGACAGAUUAUGAAAGUGAUUCCGCACUCUUGUUCCUGCAGAGGCAUUGUCCCGAGGGCUUCAUACCCAAGUACUUCACCAACUGGCACUAGUGCAGUUAGCCAACAGGAUCGUCUAGACUCUAAUUCAUAUGGAAUCAAUGGAACAAAAGGUUCAGGUUCAAGUCCAUUCCUGAAAAGUGUCAGAGUCCUUGAUGCAUUUGAUGAUGAGUAUGAUGGAGUUGUUGUAAAUCCGACGACACUACCUUCUAAUCCUACUGUAUUUGCAGCUGCACUUCGUUCAUCUAUGUGCCAUUGGAGAAUAAAGGGAAAGAAGGGUGUUUGGCUCAAGCUACCCCUGGAAAGAUCUGACCUUGUUCCUGUAGCUGUACAGGAAGGAUUUCAGUAUCAUCAUGCUGAGAGAUCUUAUGUCAUGAUGACAUACUGGAUUGCUGACGGACCUUGCCUGCUUCCAUCAAAUGCUUCUCAUCAUGUUGGAGUUGGUUCGUUUGUAAUCAAUGAUAAAGAUGAGGUCCUAGUAGUGCAAGAAAAACAUAGUACUCCCAGCCUAUUUGGUCUUUGGAAAAUUCCAACUGGUUUCAUUCAUGAGUCAGAAGAAAUCUACACAGGAGCUGUAAGAGAAGUAAAAGAGGAAACAGGGGUUGAUACUGAAUUUGUGGAAGUAGUAGCUUUCAGGCACGCCCAGAAUGUCUCUUUUGAGAAGUCAGAUCUGUUUUUCGUCUGCAUCUUAAGGCCCUUGUCGACAGAAAUCAUGGUUGAUGAUCUAGAAAUUCAAGCGGCCAAGUGGAUGCCUUUGGACGAGUUUGUGAACCAACCGUUAAUACAAGGGGACAGCAUGUUCAAGAAAAUAAUUGAAAUCUGCAUUGCAAGGCUUGGAAAGCGUUACUGCGGAUUAUCUGUGCACCAGCUGGUGUCCAAAUUUGACGGCAAAACAUCCUCAUUGUACUUCAACAUAGUUGAAGAUAAGGAUUCUGAUUGUCAAGCCAACUGAAGGACGACUCUAAUUGCUAAAACAAUGUAAUUGUGAUGCAUAUAUAUAUAAUGUAAAUAACACUUCUUUGGGAGCACAUUCCUUGCUUCUCUCU